AACCGCUAGUUGUUUCUGUUCGUUAGUAGUCAGUUGUCCAGUGUUGUGUUAUUAUUGCUGUCAUAAAUGAAGAAGAAACGGGAAUGGUGAAAAUGAAACAAAGACUAUGCCAAAAGAUAGCAAAUGUCGGUAGAUGCCAUUGCUCAACGGGCUCCAUUGCAACCACAUCAUUUCGUGUCAGUGGAGACUCAACCAUCAGUAGUAGCCCCAUCAUCUACCCUUGCAGCCUCAUUACGUAAUCAGACGCAUUACAGCAACAGCAAUAGGAGCAGCAACAACAGUUUGCAUCAGACGAUAGAGAGAACAGCUGCACCUCCGCCACCCCAAAACAUAAUCAGAAGUCAAGUUCACAAUUCUACAUCAUCAAAAUCAGCAGGCGGCCAAAAAACUCAAUUCCAGUCUCAGCCAGAUUCCAUCCGUUGUAAACUCCAGCAGACUACAUUCGAGAGAGGCGCUUCCAGUAGUGUUUCCAGGGGCCAAACCAGACACAGCCCAGACUAACGCUUCUUCCAGAGUAGCCAUUUACAAUUCAGCUUCGAACCCUAACCUACAUAGUAGCUCCUCUCCAGCAGUGAGUCGCCAUAAAUUACAAGCGAACAUCAGCCACAACAAUAAAAACUACAAUAAUAGUAGUAUCAGUGUGCAGAAGUACAACUCAAUUGGACAGAGUUUAAACAGCAGAACUAAUUUGAACUCGCAAGACUCACUUGCUCAGCAGGGAUUCCAAAAUUCCCCAGGGUUUCAGGGGUUCAUCAUCCAGAGACCGGACUCACCUGGCCCGUUGGGCGACGUGGGAAGUAAUUCCAGAUUAGCACAGGGACAGUUGGGACCUCUGAGAAGUGCAGGAGCGACAGGAAAGGGUCAGGACAAGACGGCGGCUGUCCAGGUGAAGGCCAACACAGGCCUGAUAGCCUCAAUGCCGGUGGGUGGUGGUGGUGUCUCCUCCAAUUCCCAGCAGGGGGGAGGGGGCAGGGGCUCAGUGUCGGAAGUGAAGAGCAACCUAUCCACCAGUCACAGCAGACGAAACUUGAAUCAAACAAACAAGAAAGACGAGAAUAAUAACAAUAGUAGUACGACAGUGCUUCCACCCAUUGCAAAAGAUGCAUCUCAAAUUAAUUCUAACCAGCAGACGACAGAUACUAGCAGGACAAAAGACACCACAGGGACAGCAGUUGAGAACAGCAGGCGACAGAGUAAUUUUGGAGCAGGCAGUUCAUCUUCUAAUAGACUGUUGAGGGACAGGGGACUGCCGCCUGUGGGUGGGGCACUCUCGUCAGGUAUGACCCCAGAACAGGCCAUGACCCAGUACAUGCAGAAGUUGAGUGCCUUCGAACACCACGAAAUAUUCCAGUUCCCAAAAGUCUACUUCUGUGGUCACAAUGCCAAGAAGAGACAGGGGGCUGUGGGGAGUGGGAACAACAGUGGCUACGACGACGAGAGUGGCUGCUACAUUCCAGUGCCACACGACCACAUCGCAUACAGAUACGAAAUACUAAAGGUCAUCGGAAAAGGCAGUUUUGGUCAAGUACUGAAAGUAUACGACCACAAAACGAAUCAAUAUGUGGCCUUGAAAAUUGUAAGGAACGAAAAAAGAUUUCACAGACAGGCCCAGGAGGAGAUCCGAAUUCUGAUGCAUUUGAAGAAACAGGAUGUGAAUGAUUAUUAUAAGAUUGUUCACAUUUUCGACAACUUCGAAUUCAGACAUCACCAGUGUAUUACAUUCGAACUGCUGAGUAUGAACUUGUACGAACUGACGAAGAGGAACAGGUUCUCUGGCUUCAGUCUCCAACUAGUCCGGAAGUUCGCUUACUCAUUACUCCAGUGUCUAGAGUGCUUGUACAGGAAUAAAAUAAUCCACUGUGAUUUGAAACCGGAGAAUAUUUUACUGAAACAGCAGGGAAGAAGUGCGAUUAAAGUGAUCGACUUUGGCAGCUCGUGCUACGAACACCAGAGAGUGUAUACUUACAUCCAGAGCAGAUUCUACAGGGCGCCUGAGGUUAUUUUGGGUGCUAAAUAUGGAAUGGCUAUUGAUAUCUGGAGUUUCGGUUGUAUAUUGGCAGAGCUAUAUACAGGAAUUCCAAUAUUCCCUGGGGAGGAUGAGGCAGAUCAGCUGGCCUGUAUCAUCGAACUGCUGGACAUGCCUCCCCAGUCACUUCUGGACCAAUCAAAAAGAGCCAGGAACUUCAUCAGUAGUAGAGGCUACCCAAGGUAUUGUACAGUGUCGAUGCAGGAUGACCAGGUCAUUCUGGGUGCGGGAAGGUCAAGGAGGGGAAAAGUGAGGGGACCCCCAGGUUCGAAGACGUGGUCGCGUGCACUGCGUGAGUGUGAAGAUGAAGUGUUCAUUGACUUCCUGAAGAACUGCCUAAAGUGGACCCCCGAGGAGAGAUUCACCCCUGGAAGGGCACUCAGACACGACUGGCUGAGGAGGAGACAACCGGCUCAGAACCAACAGGGAACUGGCGCGCAAAAUAGUAUGAACACAAGUGGAGCACCAGCACCUAGUAGUCGAGACGCCAGGGCGUGAAUAAAAUAUACAUACAACCCCUCCCGGAAGAAACCGAACCCUAGUUAACCCACCCUACGAUGCCUCAACCCAAACCGCCCAUCGAAGAGAAAAAAAAAGAUCUACAUUACAUGGCUCAUUAUUAUAACUCCGCGCAGCUUAUGAAAUGAUGCUGAUUCGAUUAUGAUUUAUAAACCAAACAAACUUAUUGUAACCCUUUAACUAGUUAGUAGAUUUAUCCACUUACUUUAAAACGGUCACAGACUAAACUGAAUACUGUAUGCAGUAGCUAAUAUGAACGUAAUUUGACAAAGGGUUUUAGAUUUUUUCGAGCUGUAUUGAAAAAUAAA